GCUGUUACAUAUUUCGUGGGACACUCUGUAUUAUGUUCUAAUAAUUUAAAAAAAUGUCUCAGCUUCUACAACAAAACUGUUAUUUUUGAUUUCAGUGAGCGAUGCCAGUGGGAGAUACUCGUCGCAGUUCUUCUUCGGCAAACGACUUCUGGUUGGGGUCUCACACGCUGUGCAAGGAGCUGCAAAACACAAGGGCCAAUCAGAAUGUGCCACCCUUCCGCACCUCCUUCUACGUCGCCAAACUCAGGCUCAAACUGCACCAUGAGAUGACACCUAAGGUGCGAGAAAUCUCUCUGGGAGUAUGCUGCCGUCAUCUUCCAGAGCAGGACGUGACCACCCUGUUGCAGCCGGAGCAGACCCCUCCUGAGCAUUCCUUCGAGGUACUGAGAGUGCGCUCUGUACCAGGCGACUACCAUAUUCCACGAUCCCAAACUGCAUAUUGCUGGGACAGUGACCCUGGUAAUCUUAAUCCUGAUGGUGAUUGGCACCGGCUACGAGUACAUGUUCGAACUGCAAGAUCAGCAAAACAGCAAGAAGAAGGGCAAGCAGGCAGCAGUGGCCGCCACUACACUGACCGCCAGUGUGCACCAGAUGAGUGCUGCCUCAUCAAGCUGGGAUCCGCGCUUGAAGUGGUCAUCAACGACAAGCAGAACCUGAAUAACUCUGGGUCUGAUCUGUCUACUGAUUCUUAUACGCCAGCGAAACGAACGAAAACAGAGGAGCUUCUGCUGUGUUUCUCAUGUCUGUCGAACAGUCGCAAGAUCCUCCACUGUGGAGCCGCGCCCAAGGACUCCCUCACCUGCGUUCAUGGGCUGCGAUUCCUCAGUCUUGCCUGGGUCAUCAUGGUCCAUACCUAUCUACAGGUUUUCGCUAUAGCUGAGAACAAGACGCUGAGGACAUUGACAGAGCGCAACUUUAUGUUCCAAACAGUCAGCAACGCGACUUUCUCAGUGGACACUUUCUUCUUCAUAAGUGGUCUCCUGGUUACGUUCCUCUAUUUCAAAUCGUCGAAUCGGACAUCCUCGUCAGGUGGAGAGAGGGAGAGAGAGCUGCUCGUCCAUCCCCGGAAGGGUUCCUUGCCUUCAAGAUUGGCUUUCUCAAGUUCUGCAAACUUGUAGGGUACAGGUUCCUCAGAUUGACCCCAGCCUACAUGUUUGUAUUAUGCGUGGCUUCCAUAGCGAUGCGCUGGUUGAAAUCGAAUUCAGUGUUCGAGCCAGUCAGUCUGGAUGACUCUAACUGUGACAAGUACUGGUGGAGGAAUGCGCUCUACAUUAACAGUCUCUUCCCCAGGAAAGAC